AACUGGUUCCUGUAGGCUACUCUGCUGCAACCAGCAAGAGCAACUUUUCUUACAAGUUAGUGGCGGUGUCUUCGUCUCAUUUUGAAUGUUGAUUAUUCGAAAUGAUGAGUUUGUUUGAAGAGAACAGGUAAAAUGUCUCUGCACGCAGAUAUAUCAUAGAAUUGUGACGUCAGUCAGCGUCAAGGUAGAAACGUAGCAAGCCUGACUAGCGUUAGCUACAAGGGGAACAUACAAGGUAAGGCAGCGCCAAGCGAGUGACUUUGGCCAAUUUUAGCGCCCUAGUCAUUUCACCGAGUCUUCUUGCAACACGGUGUUUGCUGUCUUCACCUACGUUCCCCUUUCCACUAAGCCGGGUAGUAUCCACUGUCGUCAAGGCAACCAUGAACAUUCUUCCGAAGAAGAGCUGGCACGUUCGCAACAAGGAUAACGUCGCGCGAGUGCGGAAAGACGAAGCCCAAGCAGCUGAAGAGGAGCGCGAGGCAAAGCGUCGCGUGGAACGUGCUGAGCAAGAGGCACGUACAGAGUAUUUGAGAAGGAAAUCCAGGGCUGCUCUCCAGUCCGAUGGAGAGACCAAGUAUGAUGUUGAUGAAGGACGGACUGCAGGAAGUGAAGUUUUGGAGCAUCUCAAUCUUUUUCCCCUGGAGGAGUCCUCAGAAAAGAAGGGGAAUGAGGAAUAUCUCAAAGAAAAGAAAGAUGAAACGGAGAAACAGGAACGAGCCAUAGGCUUGCUGGUGUCUCUGGGGCCCCAACCAGGGACGGAGGUCACACCGUGGUACAUGAAAACCAGUAAAGAAAAAGAAGAGGAGAAAGAAAAAGAAGAAAGCAAAGAAAAAGGAAAAAGGAAAGGAAUUAGUGAAGAGGAGAAAGAGAAGAAAGACCGCAGACUGAAAGACAGUUUAGAUCCAUUAAAAGAUAUGAAGAAAGCGCUGGCUAUAAAGGACAGAAAACAUCACAAGGGCAAGAAAUCUGAAAAAAGAGACAGAAGGGAAAAGAGGAGCAGUGGAGAGAGUUCCAUAGAAAGGCUUCGUGCUGAGCGUUUGGAGAGGGAGGCAGAAGAAAGGAGGAGAGCUCGAGCCCUGCUGGACCAGAGGAAUGGCAAGGGGAAGGAGUCGACGAGGGAAACGACUGAGAGGGAGAGACCGUACAACAGUGCAUACUUCCCAGAACUAGCCCGAAAGCGUCAAAGAAGGGAUCGAGAUAGCUGGAGAGAUGAAAUAUUAAAGUCAUGAACAAUCUUUAUUGGUCAUGGAACAAGUGUGAUCUGUGAUGGAGGAUCAGUGGACAGUUAUUUUGUGUUUUUUCAAAGGCAGUAAAUGUGAAAAAACCAGAGGGAAGAAGGUAACAUUGGAGAUGUGCCAAAUUAGGAAACAUACUUGUGCCCUGGUUCAUUUUUAUUUAUUUAUUUUUCAUCCAGAGUGGAUCAUUCAUGCAGGAGAGUCAGAUUUAGUUUUGGGUUCCUUGGUCUGUGCAGCAUUUGCUCAUGAUCAUGUCUGCAGAGCAGGUGGUGGCCUCACAGGGGGCUUGAAGUCCAGGCUGUCAGCAAAAAAACAACAUUCAGUAACAGCUGUUAAAAUCUUUUAUAUUAAAGCAUAAAAUUAAAUUGGAUUAUAAGGUGACAGAAGUUCAGACAGGAAUGUAGCUGCACCAAAUGACAGUAUUUGUCAAUUAAUAUAUUGAUUAAAAAAAAACAAAGAAUUUGACAAAUUUCAGGCUAAACCAGUCUUUGUUUCAAGCAGGCCAAAUGUAUGCCACUAUUUAUAGUGAUGAGAAAAAUUAAAAACAGAGUAAUUCAUUAAUUUGAGCCCUAGGUGGGAUCACUCAGUACAUAUGCUUUACAAUAAAACACAUUGUUUAAGUUCAACCUGUAAGUGAAAGUCAUUAAUUUAAUUUUUCUUAAAACUGGUCCUUGCAAGAGAAAUACCAUUUUUUUUUUUUUGUCUAUACUAAAAACAAUGUAAAGAUUUUUUUUGCAAGAGUCAUUUCAGCAUGUCACAUAAGGAAAUCACGUUUUUUUUUUCUAAGCUAACAAUAACUUUAUUCUCUUCAGUUUAAGAGUCCUGGUAUUUUGCAUGCUGGUUUACUGGAACGCUGCCAUUGUUCUUCUAUUAACACAGUGCAAUUGUACUACUAUCAGACAUGAUAUCUGAUGUUAAACCCCCAACUCUUACAGCAAUGUCAAUGAGCAACACAAAAGAAAGACAUUUACUGUUUUGCUGUAAGUUACUUUAAGAAAUGUACACAAAGGGAAAAAACUACUGAAAUACAGCUUUCAGACUUUCAUAAAACUGUUAUCUGUUGUUUUCUCAUACUAUCAGACAUGAUAUCAUUGAGCAGAAACAAGGUCUCUAAAAUGGUCAUAAAGUAAAGUCAGUACAUGAAAAAACUGAGUAGUCUGUUGUUUUAAAUAAACUGGCCAAUAUAAAUUGUGCCCAAAACUGGAUUGUAAUUAUUUGCUGGAAAAUAAAGAGAUUAUUUUAA